AUGAAAAAAUUAUCUUUAAGCGAUGCUCGAAUAAUUGCUGAAAAAUGUAAUGGAAAAUGUCUUUCCACUCAGUAUAUCAAUGCCAAAAGUCCCUUAGAAUGGAAAUGCAAGGAAGGUCAUAUUUGGUUAGCGCCUCUUAACCGUAUAAAAGAUCAUGGUAAAUGGUGCCCAUAUUGUGCAGGCAAUAUUCGUCUUACUUUAAAAGAAGCUCGUAUAAUUGCUAAAGUUUGUGGUGGGCAAUGCCUUUCCAACCAAUAUAUUAAUAAUAUAACUCCAUUAUUAUGGCAGUGCAAUAAAUCGCAUAUAUGGUAUGCAUCCCUUAAUAGUAUAAAAAAUCAUAAUACUUGGUGUCCACAAUGUGCAAAACGUGGAUUUAAAUUAAACCUUGAUGAGUUGCAAAAAACUGCUCGUUUGCGUGGUGGCGAAUGCCUUUCUAAAAAAUAUACCAAAUCUAAAGAUUUAUAUUAUUGGAAAUGCGCUGAAGGACAUACUUGGUGUACAUCAUUUUAUGUUAUUCGAAAUCAUAAUACUUGGUGUCCAUAUUGUAAAAAUAAGUAUGAAAAUUUAUGUCGAGAAAUAGUAUCAAAUUAUCUUGGUUCUCCAUCAGCAAAUCGUAGACCAGAAUUUUUGAAAACUCCUGAAAAUCCAAAUGGAUUGGAACUUGACAUUCCCUACUAUAAUUACGGUUUUGCUAUUGAAGUCCAGGGAUCUCAACAUGAAAGAUAUCAUAAAUUCUUUCAUAAAGGAGAUCCUAAUAAUUUUGUCCGGCAACAAAAGCAGGAUCAACUCAAGAAUGAAUUGUGCGAAGAAAACUGGAUUGUUUUAAGGUAUGUCUGGUAUUAUGAAGACCCAUAUAUAGUUAUUCCAGAGCAUCUUCGAGAAUUGGGUCUCAUUUAG